AUUCUUUCCUAAAUUGUCCUCUUAGGGGUAACAAGAUCUGAGGAUUAUCAAUUUUAGGUAUAUAUAGAGCCCUUGUUAUCAUAGAACCUGAGAAUGUCACAAUCUUUAAAUGUAUUUAUCCUCACAACACCUCUGUGAGGUAAGGAAGUGCUAUCGCUCUCCUGUGGCUAAGUCCAAAUAUAACAAUAAGUUAUAUGAAUUAUUGUUUGUUUUGGGGAGAACAAGGGAUAUAUUGAGGGAAUGAUGCAUCAAAUAGUCAAGUCUUCUCUUACUACCCAAAUCUAGAAUUUACUCAGGGCGCUAGAUUGGUGCUUUCUUAAAAGUAUUUUUGUGUUUCCUUCUGCAUUUGCUAUAGAAUCACAAUUUUACCCCAUAUAAUUCCUAAACUUUAAGAACUGUACUAUGGCUGCUGUGACUCUGAAAAACUAAUGUGUUUGCUGUACUGUAAGGACCCAGUCUAACUUUCAUAGGGUCCAAGCAUGUCACUUACCAGAAAAUCAAAGCAAUGAGCAGUCUUCUGUUACUGCUUAGUAUGCUAUUCCACAGCCUACUAUACCACACUGUCAUCUGUCUGUCUUUAUUGUACGUAAACUUUCACAUAUAAAAUAUAAUUCAGUUACUUCUAGUGACAAUCUCUUAUACCUCCUUUAAAUAACAUUUUUCUUUCCUUGGAGUUUAACCUUUCAGAUAUUUAUAGAUUAUUAUCAUGUCUCCUGUUUAAACAAGCUAUAUAUAUUUACCUUUUAUUAAACUUUCUCUAUAAAUCAUUCACUCCAACUUUAAACUUCUUUUUUGUACCUCAUUAUUGGAAAGAUACAUAUAACUAGAAUGGAAUGUAAUUUUCCAGGUGUGAUAUAAAGAAGGAUUUUCUCUCUGUUCUGUGAUAAUGACCUGGGGCCUACUUAGGCUAGUUUGCAGCAAUUUAGUAAUCUGAUGCUUUUUCUUGGUGGCUCCAAUCUUUGCUCCAUAAUCCAGGUUACAGUUUGAAAAAUAAGCCCCUUAGGUGUUAUAUUUGCCAACAAAACCUUCCGAAUGUGAACAGAUUGUAAACUGAUGCAGUUUUAGUGCACAGUUCUAAGAGAGCUCUCUUUGAAGAUUUAUGGCCGGUACUACUCCAUACCCUCAGAAGCCGGAUAUUUGGUUUAUAAGUACUGAUAUGUUCCUGCUGAUCACUUCCCACCUGAAGUCAUAAUCUGUAGUGGCAUCAAAAUUGGUUGCUACGGAAUCAAUUGACAUGGAGAAAAUGUGUUUAAGAUGGUCCAUCCAGAAGAUUUGUUACUUUGUGAAGAUCUUGCUUUUGACGAAUAUGUAAAUACCAUGACAACUUCAAAUUGAAUUAUUUUUCGUGAAAUCAAGACUCAUCUGUUGCCUUCAUCAGAAAUGUUUUUAACAUUUUCAAGAAAAAACAUGUCCCAGAAACUGAGUUUGUUGUUGCUGGUGUUUGGAUUCAUUUGGGGCUUGAUGUUGCUGCGCUAUACUUUUCAGCAUCCAAGGCACCAAAGCAGUGCUGAAUUGCGUGAACAGAUACUAGACUUAAGUAAAAGAUAUGUGAAAGCACUGGCAGAAGAAAAUAAGAACAUAAUGAAUGGUGGUAAUGGAGCCUCCAUGGCAGGAUAUGCUGAUCUCAAAAGAACAAUUGCUGUUCUUCUGGAUGACAUCUUACAACGUCUGGUGAAACUGGAAAACAAAGUUGACUACAUUGUUGUGAAUGGCUCAGCAACAAAUACCACCAAUGGAACUAGUGGUAAUUUGGUGCCAGUAACUACAAGUAAACGUGUAAAUGCAGCAAGCAAUAUUAGAUAACAUACAAGAUCACCUUAUGUUGCUUUAUCUAUCAUCGAUUUGAUUGGAUUCAAGAAAAGCUUUUUACCUCUGGCUAGGCAAAGCAAUAGUUGACACUAACAUAUCGUACACUGUUCUGCUAUAGAAUGUGCUGAGUACAUGCAGUCCCAACUUCUGUACAUAAGGUUCUCAGAGGAUUAAUUUGUUGCUUUCAGAAAGUUCUGUUAAAGCAGUGCUGUACAAUAUCAUAUUUAAAGAUAUUCUGGUAACUUGGUUGAUGUAGUAUGCCAAGUGGGUGAUACUUUAUAAUGUUUGAAGUUAAACUAAAAUGGAAAAAUAUAUAUUCACUUGUAAAAUAUAUUUAUUUAAAUAAAAAUGUAACAUAUCUUUUGGAUUGAUUAUAUAGCUUAAUCAUUGUUUGUGUGAUUGGUUUUAAACAGGUAACUAAGGAUAAUGUAAUGUUAGAAGAUGUGUAUUUACAGUACAGUAUUUUGUUACUUAUUAAUUUGCUAGUGAUAUGUUGAAGAUAACAUUGAGAUGUUUUAAAAAUUGCAACCCAAAGAAUGUCUUUAUUUGCACUACCUGCUAGAAUAGCUAGAGAGAAUUUAUUGUAUAUUAAAAAAAUCAAUUAUAAUGAAAAUCUUAGGUAGCAACACUGUCCAGAUAUCUUUGCUCCAGAAAUAGGUCAGUUAAAUUAUCAAAGGCAAAACAAUCUGAUAUCAUACAUAGCUAUUUCAUAGAAAGAUAUUUGUGUGUGUAUUUUGUAACUUCAGAUAAGUUAUUUAAGAGAUGGAAGUCAAUUUUCAGAUAUGUGAAUAUUUGUAUUCAUUGCUGUUUCUUUUUAAUAUUUUAGUAUCUUGCAGUGUGUGACAAAUAUAGCACAUCAUCUUCUUAAGUUACUUUUUUAAACAGGAGGGAAUAGGUAAAUUAAGUUGAAGGGAAGCAGAGCAUCUUGGCAUAUACUAAAGAGAUGCAUGCGCUAAUGGUGUUUUAUGAGGGACAUAGGUGGGAGCUAAGGUUACGUUGCCUUAUAUCCACGUUAGCCUUACAGAAAUGAAAAUUGUAGUGAGGGUGCACUAUAUUCAAAAAUGUGCUUUCUGCAUCAUAAAUGCUAAAAUGAAAGUGCCAUUCAGCCCUAUGUUUUUUAAAACUAUAUUGAGUGGUUGGUUUUGGUUUUUUUUUGUUUUGUUUUUUUAGAAUUAUGUUCAGGAAUUUUUGCUUGAAAUAUGCUGUGUAAUAGCUUUUUAAUAUUAUUAAAAAACAAACAAACUGAAUAAGACCAGAAGUGCUGGAUGACAUAUGGUCUCACAGUUUUCUGCUUUUCUCCCUGAUGAUAGUCUGGACUGGUCUAGAGGAAAGUAGAAUAUAUAAAUAAAACUUGAGUUACUGUCCAACUGUUUCUUAUUUUGUGUUUGAGAUACUGAGUGUAAACUUUUUUUUCCAGGAAGAAAGAAAAUAAAAUUGUAUUUGUGAAAGUU